AUGGAACGACUACGCGGUGUAGUCCAGGACAAAUGGAUGCGGAUACGGCACAGUAUUGGUUUUCAGCCUAGGAAACUAGUGACCGAAAAACACUUCAAGUAUCAAACAGUACACUAUACCCUCAUUAUUGGCCUCACGAUAGUCGGGUCGAUUCUCAUAUACGCCUCUCACCGGGGCAAAAUCGCCUAUGUUGACGCCCUCUUCUUCGCUGCUGGGUCAUGUACCCAAGGCGGCCUCAACACCAUCGAUCUCAACCUGAUCAACACCUUCUCACAGAUCGUCAUCUUCUUUCUUACCAUGCUCACUAAUCCAAUAGCAAUCGGCUAUUACACAGUUUCCCUACGAAGGUACUGGUUCGAAAAGAAGUUGCAAACCAUCGUCCAGGAUGCCAAGCUGCGGAGAGGCACGAUAUCAAAGUCAAAAUCGCAGAUGCGGGCCGACAUGCUAUCACAGGCGGAAAGGGGGGAAAGAGGCGUUGGCGGCAGACAGAUCACCGUUAUGCACGGUUCGGGUAGUCCACGCAUGACCAACGACGGCAUCAUGUUGGGCUCGUUCAACAAGCCUACGUACGAUAGCCGCGCCGCCCCCGAUCAGCGAGACCCCGAUCACCCCGAAGACGCCCGUCGACAGCCCGAGAUCAGGUUCGCCGGCACCGUCAAGAAGAGCGAUGGAGAAGGCUUGGAUGCGAUAAAACUUCCUCCCCUUAGAACGGACGAGGAGCAUAUCGCCAUCCUUGAGCGACAGCGUAACCGAGACGACGAGGUUCUUCGAAUUCCUGGUCCGAGAGAUAUGGAGCGAGGCGCUAAGCCUAGACGGGUCGACGAUUCGGCCGAGGAGGACGACCGCGCGCCAGCCCAGCCUACGCCCAUGGUCAUGGUAAAUGGCCGCCCACAACAAACCAUCACCAUCGAGGAACCAGACAGGAACAAGCUACACGAAACGCACACGGAAGAUAUUGUCGACGAUGCCAAGACGUUCAGCCACUCCUUCGUGCCGCAAAUAAACCAUCUCAAGUUCAGGAGGAAUACACGAACAUCAACCGUGAACCGCGUUGACGAGGAGGAGGUGGAUCCUAAGCUGCAGAGGACAAAUUCGAGGAUGUCUAGGCGCGCAUCGCUCUCGGCCAUGCGGUCAGCCUUUACCAGAGACAAGAUGGAGCCGACGCCCUAUCUCAGUUGGGAGCCGACACUGGGACGUAACUCUCAAUUCCACGACCUGACGGAAGAGCAGCGCGAGGAGCUGGGAGGUAUUGAGUACCGUGUACUAAAGUUGUUGCAGAAGAUCAUCCUCUGCUACUUCUUCGGUUUCUAUCUGAUGGGACUUGUCGGCUUGCUGCCGUGGAUCCUCAAGGAGGACCACUGGGGUCAGGUUGUUGAUGCCGCUGGCCAAAGCAGAGUCUGGUGGGCCUUCUUUACCACGAACUCUGCUUUCAUGGAUCUGGGCUAUACCUUGACCCCCGACAGCAUGAACUCGUUCAAUACUGCUGUCUGGCCUCUGCUGCUGCUGUGCUUUCUCAUCAUUCUUGGCAACACGGGCUUCCCCGUCAUGCUGCGUUUCAUCAUCUGGGUCAUGUCCAUCGUCGUACCGCGUGACUCGGGCCUUUACGAAGAAGUGCGGUUCCUGUUGGACCAUCCUCGUCGCUGCUUCAUCCUUCUCUUCCCGUCUGGGGCAACGUGGUGGCUCUUCUUUAUUUUGAUUGGGCUCAACAUUACAGACGUUGUCUUCUUCGUCGUCCUGGACCUGGGAACUGGGCCUGUUGUCGACUUACCUGCCGGCAUCAAGGUCCUUAACGGGUUCUUUGAGGCAGCCUCAACGAGGACGGCCGGCUUUUCCUGCAUCAACCUCGCGGCUUUACACCCGGCCGUCAAGGUGUCGUACAUGAUCAUGAUGUACAUCAGUGUUCUCCCCAUCGCCAUGUCGAUCCGUCGCACAAACGUGUACGAAGAGAUGUCUCUGGGCAUCUACAAUAACCCGGAACACGAAGAAGGAGAAGGGGAGAACGCUUCUCCAUCCAGCGACCUGUCGUACAUUGGCUCCCAUUUGCGUCGCCAGCUCUCGUUCGAUUUGUGGUUCAUCGCCCUCUUCUGGUUCAUGCUCGCCAUUUCGGAAGGUCCGCGGAUCAUGAACGGCGAGACUGAUAUGUUCGCGCUCAUGUUCGAGAUCAUCAGCGCCUACGGCACCGUCGGCAUGAGUCUCGGUUACUCCAGUGGCAACGCCUCGCUAUCGGCCAUCUUCAGCACGGCCGGAAAGGUGUUCAUUAUCAUGACGCUAAUCAGAGGUCGUCAUCGUGGUCUUCCCUACGGUCUCGACCGUGCCAUCUGCCUUCCCAAGGAUCUGAACAGCAAGUCCUCUUCUGAGGACGACAGGAUCGAUAGACAGCGAUCGCAUGCUUCUGCCAUGAGCACCGGCCGCGAUGCGUGGAGCACUACCAGCAGGACGAGCCGCAGGCGUCACUGGCGCCAACGCAGCAACGAUAUUGGCGGCCACAUCUUUGGCGCCCUCCUCCAUCCUGGACCGCCACGCACUGCUACGCCGGACGGACACCGUCAUCACCAUGGUCCUCACCCGCAGAACUGGCACUCGGUGCAGUUUGGCUCCGCCGGUACAAAUGCGCGACACUCUAAUAGAGACUCACAUCAUGGAAGCAUAGGCAGCGGCGGUCCCGGCGGCCCUGGCAUCUUUGCCGGUAACAGCGUCUUCGGCGGCAACGGCGGUAAUAAUGGUGGUAACGGUGGCGGUAUCAACCCGAACGGCUGGCAUAGCAUGCGCAGAAGGGCGACGAACCCGGAACAACACCAUGAGGAGACGAUUCACGAGGGCUUCCAGUUCCCGCCUGAUGCUUCUGGUGGCGGCGGCGGCGACCGCCGGCCUGCUUCCGAUCAGACUGAUCAGACUAAUGUAUCAUCUGAUCAGAAUACGCUGACGGAGGCAUCAAGGCAGCUGGGAUUGGAUGGGCAGCAUAAUCCUAAGUUGAUGAAGCGCAAGUCGGAACCGAGUUUCCCGAGUACUCCUACUAGUUUUAGUGAGUGA